CGCCCAUAGCGGACGGGGAUGCGAGGAGUCCCCGCCCAGGCAGGCGGUGCGGGGCUGGCGCUGCGCAGGCGGCAGGUGGGGCCGGUCGGAGGCGAUGGAUGUGUGCGGGGAUGGCGUGCUGUACUUCGCGUACGGCAGCAACCUGCUGCGGGAGAGGCUGCUGCUGCGCAACCCCUCGGCGGCAUUCUGCGCCCGGGGCCGCCUGCAGGAUUUUAAGCUCACUUUUGGCCAUCAUCAAGGCAGGACAAGUUCUAUCUGGCAUGGAGGUACAGCUACCAUUGUUCAGAGCCCUGGAGACGAAGUGUGGGGAAUAGUGUGGAAAUUGAACGCUAGCAAUAUAAGUUCUCUGGAUAAGCAAGAGGGAGUUGAAGAUGGCAUUUAUGUCCCAAUAGAAGUUAAUGUCCACGCUGAAGAAGGAAAGAUUCUGACCUGUCGAAGCUACCAGAUGAAGGACUAUGUUUGUGGUCCCCCUUCUCCACAGUAUAAAAAGGUUAUCUGCAUGGGUGCAAAACAGAAUGGCUUGCCAGCUGAGUAUCAGAAGAAAUUAGAAGCUAUUGAAACUAAUAACUAUGCAGGACCGGUGCCAAUCCUAGAAGAAAUUGAAGCUACUAUUAAAGCAAACAAAACAAAUUUUGCAUAGAAUAAUUCAGUGCUUGCUUGGCCAUUCACCUUGAGUUAGAUCCUUCUCCUCACUGUGCUGAUCAGCGGUUUCUUUAUUUAUCAAGAACAGAUGAGUUUGCUGUUCAUCUACAGUAAACUAUUAGACAUAACUUGCAGUCUGGAGGCACACUGACAUUGACAACUUCUUUACUUUGUAUUUACCAACAGAUUCUAAAUAACCAUUUUUUGAUAAUGCUGUAUUUCUUAACUACUUUUUUAACUGUCUUGUUGUUUAUCUAGGACUUGCUGAUUUCACUGUACUUCACACUGAAUCUCGUGUGAGUUAAUCUUAGUGCAUCUGUGUCAUAGCUUUGUCUAUUAACAGAGAUGAACAGACGUUGCCUUUUUCUCACAGUACUGACAAUCUCCUGCAAAACUGGUGGCACUUGUAAGGUUUACAGUACUUUUACAGUACUUCACAAUCUAUGGUACGUGGCAGCCCCUUGUCUGAGGGUGACAAAGGAAAACUGGAAGCCUGUAUGAUGCAAAGCUACUGAACUACGGCUUCUCUUCUGUGCCGUAAGAUAUAAUUGGCGUCACUGUGUGACAGCUUAGAUGGAAAAAAUGAAAAAGUAGCAAACUUACCAUGUCUUCUCUGUAUUUUUUCACUCCUGUUCUUAAUGCUAGGUACCGCAAAUGCAGUAAAACAUGGUACUUUUUGUAUUAGCAUUGUCUGGUCUGAACCUGAGUAAAUAAAAAUGCAGUUACCAAACCUC